AUGGUCAUUGUUUUCUUUACUGUUGUAUUCAAAACGUUUUCAGAGGCUAAUUCUCUUCCACAUCUCUGCAUCUACAUGGUUGCUGGUGAUUUUACUCUCAUAAGAGAUCUCGAUGUCUUGAAGGACAUCUUCACAAUGAAGCUUCGUGUUAUCAGAUUAUGGACACUUGACAAUUACUACAACAAAAAUGAACUUUUCUCUAUUGAAUUUAUUCUAAUAGAUGAAGAGGGUAACAAAAUCCAAGGUUAUGUCCCUAAAGCUUACAUUUACAAGUUCAAAAAACUUCUAAAAGAAGGUGAAGCUUUUAUCAUCAAAUCUCCAAAUUUAGCAAAGAUGCAGGAAAGAAGCUUUCAACUUACCAAUCAACUACAAAAGCUUGCUUUGAAUCUGGAUAGUAUUGUUACUCCGUGUGACAAUUUUUCGGGAUCAGUAAAUGGCUUUGAUUUUGUUGACUAUCGGGCGAUUAUCGAUGGCACUGUUCCAGAUAAUAUGUCAUUGGUAGUAGUUGGGGAAAUAGAUGCUCGAAAUGCAGAUCGAAAAAGGCAUAGGAUCAGAAUACAAAUCCAAGAUGCCAGUGGUUUGCAAUUGGAUGUUAACCUUUGGGGCGAUUAUGGUUACACAUUCUUACAUUAUAUCCAAAAGAAUCCAAACAAUGUCCGCAUCGUCAUAAUCCUUCAAUUUGCAAAGAUUAGUGUUUGGCAAGAUCGCCGAUCCGUCAAUAUGUACUAUGAUGUAUCGAAGUUCAUCAUCAAUAGUGACAUUGAUGACAUAAAUGUUUUCAAAAAAAGUUUGGAUCAAGAUGGUCCCCAUGAAAACUCAAAGAGUACGUUCACCUAUAUGAAAUCUAAUCGAAGUUCUGAAAAUGAUGAUUUCCUGCUUAAUAAUGAUCUGAAAACAAUUGCUGACAUUUUCGAGCCACUUGAGGUAACACAAAAUCUGAAAGAUAUUUAUGGAAUUAUUGCAUUUCGUUAUUUAUUUUUCAAUACAACUUACAUUCCAUUUCUAUCGUUUUAUUCAACCAGGAAAAAAAUAUAUGUUAUUGUUGCGGCAAUUAAAGGAAUUCUUCAAAAUAAAGAUUGGUAUUACCCAGCAUGUACAAACUGCAAUACCAGGGCAUUUUCAGACACGCCUUCUAAUGAAGCGAAUGUCAUCGGAUCAUUUCAACACGCAAAAUAUGAAUGUCGAAAUCCAAAAUGCACAAAAACUGUAACAUCAGUUAUUCCAAGGUUCAUGAUUACGGUGCGUGUUCAAGAUCAUACUGGAAGUAUCACUCUAACAAUGUUUGAAGAAGACGCGAAGAAGCUUCUUAAAAUUUCUGCGAAAGAUUUAAUUGCAAAGACAGCUCGGCUUGGUUUUGGUACUGGCUUAUACCCCUCUGAAAUUAAUGUCUUGAAAGAUACGAAAUUAGCUUUCAUAGUUUCUAUUUCAAAAUACAAUCUUGAAAGGAAAAACAAUCAAUAUAGUAUUUUGAGGAGUAGUGAUGAUGACAAGUUGAUACAACAGUUGGAAAAAAACUUUGUCGUUUCAGAGGGAUGUAAUUCACAAUCGUUUGAUGUUGGUACCACUGAUUAUGAAUCUCAAGAUAACAAGGGUAUAAAGGAUGUCAUAUCUCAGACUGAUGAUAAUGUUACACCAACCAAUGUUUUCAAAUCGACAGCCACAAGUCCAAAAAAGAAAUUUGACACAUCAAAGGGUUUGAAGCGAGCUCUUGAGGACGUAUUUGUUUUGGAUGUGAACGACAAGAUGUCGUCAUCAAAGGCUACAAAAGUUGGAGGGGAAGAUGGACAGGUGAAAUAUUUGAAGGUGAAUUUGGAAAAGUGA